AAAUGAUAAUGAAAGGCAGAGUUCAAAUCUUAAACCCUAAACCCACAGGAUUCUCAGAAGCCACUGCAAAAAUCUCAGAUUCUCUGCCUUUUCAUCUUCUUCGCAUUAUCAAGCCAUGUACAGAGCUGCUUCCGCCAUUGCUUCAUCCAUCAGGUCCUCUGCUUCCAGAAAACAGAUCUGUAGUAGGGUUAUCUCCAGCAGAAAUUAUGUUGCCAAGGAUAUCAGUUUCGGAACUGGGGCUCGAAUGGCCAUGUUACAAGGUGUUAAUGAGCUUGCAGAAGCUGUGAAGGUUACAAUGGGACCUAAGGGUCGCAAUGUGAUCAUUGAGAGCAGUGGGGGAAAUCCUAAAGUCACAAAGGAUGGUGUCACUGUAGCCAAAAGUAUUAAAUUUAAGGAAAAGGCAAAGAAUGUAGGUGCAGAUCUUGUGAAGCAGGUUGCUAAUGCUACUAAUUCUGCUGCUGGAGAUGGUACAACUUGUGCUACCGUGCUAACUCAAGCUAUAUACACAGAAGGGUGUAAAGCAGUAGCUGCUGGUAUAAAUGUGAUGGACUUGCGCAGUGGCAUUAAUAUGGCCGUUGAUGCUGUUAUUACUGAUUUGAAGAGCAGAGCAGUUAUGAUUAGCACACCUGAAGAGAUUACACAGGUAGCAACUAUAUCUGCAAAUGGUGAGAGGGAAAUUGGAGAAUUAAUAGCACGGGCAAUGGAGAAAGUAGGCAAGGACGGAGUGAUUACUGUUGCUGAUGGAAAUACCCUGGAUAAUGAGUUGGAAGUGGUGGAAGGGAUGAAGCUUGCUCGUGGUUAUAUAUCCCCUUAUUUUGUUACAGAUGCAAAGACUCAGAAAUGUGAACUGGAAAAUCCCUUGAUUCUUAUUCACGACAAAAAGAUUUCUAACAUAUACUCAGCUGUGAAGAUACUAGAGAUGGCUGUACAGAAAAGAAGGCCUCUGCUAAUUGUUGCCGAAGAUGUGGACAGUGAUGUUUUGACUAUGCUAAUUAUCAACAAGCAUCAAGCCGGGGUAAAGAUUUGUGCCAUCAAAUCUCCUGGUUUUGGGGAUAAUAGACGAGCCAAUUUGGAGGACCUUGCAAUACUUACUGGAGGGGAGGUCAUUAGCGAAGAACGUGGUUUAACUCUUGACGCAGUGCAACUUGAUAUGUUUGGUACUGCCAAAAAGGUCACUGUCUCUGUCGAUGACACAAUAGUCAUACAUGGAGGUGGCGACAAGAAGCUAAUUGAAGAAAGAUGUGAGGAGCUGCGAACAGCCAUGGAUAAGAGUACUGCCAUGUUUGAUAAGGAGAAAGCACAGGAACGGUUGUCAAAGCUCUCCGGUGGUGUUGCUGUUUUCAAGGUUGGAGGGGUGAGUGAGGCAGAAGUUGGGGAGAGGAAAGACAGGGUUACUGAUGCUUUAAAUGCAACAAAGGCUGCUGUGGAAGAGGGCAUUCUUCCAGGUGGUGGUGUUGCUCUUUUACAUGCAACAAGAGUUCUGAAAGACCUCAAUACUGCAAAUGACAGUCAAAGAAGAGGAGUUCAGAUCAUUGAAAAUGCUCUUAAGGCACCUGCUUUCACAAUAGCAUCAAAUGCUGGUGUAGAUGGUUCUUUGGUUGUUGGGAAGCUUUUGGAACAAGAUAAUCUAAAUUUUGGCUAUGAUGCAGCCAAAGAUCAAUAUGUGGACAUGGUAAAGUCUGGAAUUAUUGAUCCUCUCAAAGUUGUUAGAACAGCAUUGAUGGACGCUGCCAGCGUCUCACUAUUAUUGACCACAACCGAGGCGGCUGUUGUAGACCGCCAAGGAGAGAAAAACCCGCUUGCAAAUCGCAUGCCAAAUAUAGAUUAUUAAGUUACUGAUCUGAUUAAAUAUACUGUUAGAAUUGAAGAUUUUCUUGAAAGAGUUGUGCCAAUGUGGAAGCUUAAGUCUGGCCUCUUAUAUGUAUACCAACCCUUUAGACUUAUGUAACUUCAUACUAAACCCUAAACCCUACAAUCCUACAUGUUUAAAUCCAUUUUGAACACUUGGGGAGUGCAGGUUUUAGUACUAUACUCUCUUUUAUAUUCAGACUAUUAGAAAAAUGUUAUUUGUAAUAUCCAACUUUUAAUAAGUGCUAUAAAAUUUUUCACAUUUAUUAGUUAUU